UCUAAUCCCAUUUAAUUAAAACCACACACUUGAAUCUUUCUCUUUUUGAUAAAAUCUUUGAGACUGACGUUCCAAUGUUAGGUCCUUAGUCUCCCUUAAUCUUAUCAAUUUUUCAAGUAUCCCUACAAAUAUAAAAGCGAGGGAAAGACAAUAGUUUUUAUUCCAAGUCAGCUCUUCCACGGAACAACCUCCUAACACACAAGAUGUACAAACUGCUAGUAAUAUCAAUCUUUGCCCUCUACGUCCAACAUGUUUUGGGCCACGGUAUGAUGUUGGAACCACCAAAUCGAAGUUCUUUGUGGCGAUAUUAUAACAACACUCCUAUAAACUACAACGACAACCAAAAUUUCUGCGGAGGCAGAGCAAUCCAGUGGGACGUGCUUGAUGGUAAAUGCGGUGUCUGUGGCGACAGGUACGACGACCCACAUCCUCAAGCCAAUGAAAACACGGGCCAAUAUGGUCGGGGCCUUGUAGUCCGAACCUAUGAAUCUGGUAGCCUUAUUAACAUCACCAUAGAACUCACCAGCAAUCACAAAGGGUAUUUUAACUACAGCAUAUGUGUUUUGAAUGAUCCCAAUGAGCCUGAACCAGGUGAAGAUUGCUUCCAUGGUCUUAUUCUUGGUGAUGGUAGAAAGCAGUACGACGUUGCAGCUGUAGAAGAGAAAAUUGAACACACUCUUCUUCUUCCGUAUGGUCUGAAAUGUGAAAGAUGCGUUUUGCGCUGGCAUUACACCGCUGGUAACUCGUGGGGACAGUGCGAAGAUGGGACUUCUGCGGAUGGGUGUGGGCCUCAGGAGACGUUCCGAUCGUGUGCUGAUAUAGCUAUUGUAUAACAUGACCGAACUAUUUAAUAUGGAGAAUAUUUUUGUUGUAAAAAAUAGGGGUGUUUUAUACUUUAAUAAAGUAGUUUUUGUAUUU